AUGACAGAAAAUGAGAAAAGCGUGGAAGAUAAAGAAGAGUACCCGACGGAUCCAAAAGCAAUUGGAAACAUCGUCUUCAUUUUCAUCAUAAUUAUGGUGCUUGCGAUCAAGUCCUGCUACAGUGUUUAUUAUCAGAGCAAAGUCACCAAGUCCAAGAGUCUAACAGAAACUUCAUCCGUGGAUGAUGAAGUUUUUUCAAUCGAGGUCACAGAAGUCUGA